UGGGGCGUCUCAGGGCGGCUUCUCUCCCCGGGGAGCUCUGUUCCGUAGUCAGCGGCGGGCCGGCCUGGGUCACCUUCGCCCCCUCCCUGCUCAGAGGACUCACUGCACCCAGACCACCAGGACCCCCGUUUCCAGGAGAAGGGCCCAGAUGUCUCAAGUGCAGGAACUCUUCCACGAAGCAGCCCAGCAGGAGGCGCUGGCCCAGCCCCAGCCCUGGUGGAAGAUCCAGCUGUUUGUGUGGGAGCCAGUGCUGUUCGGGACCUGGGAUGGUGUGUUCACAUCCUGCAUGAUCAACAUUUUUGGGGUUGUCCUUUUCUUGAGGACCGGCUGGCUGGUGGGAAACACAGGUGUGCUCAUGGGCGUGUUUCUGGUGUCCUUCGUUGCCCUGGUGGCCCUGGUCACUGUGCUGUCUGGCAUCGGGGUUGGGGAGCACUGUGGCGUGGGCAGCGGCGGCGUCUACUCCAUGAUCGCCUCAGUCCUUGGCGGCCAGACGGGAGGCACCAUCGGGCUGCUGUACGUGUUUGGACAGUGUGUUGCAGGUGCCAUGUACAUCACUGGCUUUGCCGAGUCCAUCUCAGAUCUGCUGGGCCUCAGGAAUAUCUGGGCUGUGCGAGGAAUUUCGGUAGCGGUGCUUCUGGCCUUGCUGGGGAUUAACCUAGCAGGUGUCAAAUGGAUCAUCCGCCUCCAGCUGCUGCUGCUGCUCCUGCUGGCCGUGUCCACACUGGACUUUGUGGUGGGCUCUUUCACACACCUGGACCCAGAGCACGGUUUCAUUGGAUAUUCACCAGAACUGCUACAGAACAACACUCUGCCAGAUUACAGCCCCGGAGAGUCCUUUUUCACUGUCUUCGGUGUGUUCUUUCCAGCAGCUACAGGAGUCAUGGCCGGCUUCAACAUGGGGGGCGACCUCAGGGAGCCUGCUGCCAGCAUCCCUCUGGGCUCCCUGGCAGCUGUUGGCAUCUCGUGGUUUCUGUACAUCGUCUUUGUCUUCCUGCUCGGCGCCAUCUGUAGCCGAGAGGCCCUUCGCUAUGACUUCCUGAUAGCAGAAAAGGUGUCCCUGGUGGGCUUCUUGUUCCUUUUGGGCUUGUACAUCUCAUCUCUGGCCUCCUGUAUGGGAGGCCUGUAUGGAGCCCCCCGGAUCCUGCAGUGCAUUGCUCAGGAGAAAGUGAUCCCCACGCUGGCCUGUCUGGGGCAAGGGAAAGGGCCAAAUAAAACACCCGUAGCUGCCAUCUGCCUGACCAGCUUGGUGACCAUGGCCUUUGUCCUUGUGGGUCAGGUGAACGUCCUGGCUCCCAUCGUCACCAUCAACUUCAUGCUGACAUACAUCGUGGUGGAUUACUCUUACUUCUCCCUGUCCAUGGGUGCCUGUGGCCUCCCCAGGGUGCCCGAGUCAGCGCCCGGAGAGGGCCUGGGAGCCCUCAACUGCUCUGAGCACCUGCUCUUGGAGAAAGUUCCCCACUAUGGCUCUGAGGGUGUUGCCCAGAGCCUGUCUGAAGGCACUCUGCUAGAAUUCACCAAGGACAUGGACCAGCUCCUCCAGCUCACCAGGAAGCUUGAGAGUAACCAGCCCAGGGGUGGAGAGAACCACGGGAUCCCCGAGAAUCAGAAGGGGAAGACCAAGAAGGCCACCAAGCAAACCCUGCAGGAGAGCUUCCUCUUGGACCUCAGCUCCCCUGCUUCCUUCACUCCUGAAGGGUCUGACGGAUGGCCCGCUGCCUCCUGGGAGAGGCAGGAGCCCUACGGGGACACACAGCGCCCCAGAAGUUCUGAAGGGACUCAGCCUGGGGGAGCCUGUGGAGAGCAACUUGUCCCUGAGCCGAGUAUCCAGCCAAGGCUGAGUGGAGAAGAUUUCUUCCUAAAGUCCAGGCUCCAGGAACAAGAUAUCCAGAGGAGACCAACUUCUUUCUACACCCGCAUAUGCAACCCCUGGAUCUCUCUGUUGGGGGUUGUUGGGUCCCUUCUCAUCAUGUUUGUGAUCCAGUGGGUCUAUACCCUGGUUAACAUGGGGGUCGCUGCCAUUGUGUAUUUCUACAUUGGUCGGACCAGUCCUGGACUUCACCUUGGUUUAGCCUCCAACUUCAGCCUUUUCAGAUGGAUGAGGUCUCUUCUGAUCCCCUCCUGCAGGAGCUUGCGACCCUCCCAAGAGCAGAUCAUUUUGGCGCCGUCCCUGGCUAGGGUGGACAUGGAGAUGACCCAGCUCACCCAGGAGAACGCAGACUUCGCCACCCGGGAUCGCUACCACCACUCCUCCCUUGUGAGCCGGGAACAGCUGAUGCCUCGGUACUAGAGUACUGAGCCCUCAGUCCUAGGGCACUGAGUCCUCAGUACCAGGCAGCCCCAGGACCUCCCCUUUUGGAGCUGUCCAGGGCACAGUGGCCCCAAAUCCCAGAACCUUUGUGAAGCUGGUUCUCCUUGGUAAGAAACUCAGAGACCUGCCCUUCUCCUGCCUCUUUGGACGACGGAAGUGUGCAUUCUGGUCUGGAGCACCACGUCCAACCUGGAUGCCCACUGCAGUGGCGGUGGCCCCUGAAACACGCACCAGGUCCGAAGAGCUCCACGUGGACACCGAGACUUGCAGGUGUGGAGAACCGGGCCAGAUGGCGUGUUCUGAGGGCCACAGUAAAUGGUUACUUUAAAGUUUGUUUUGUUAUUGUCAUGGUUCCAAACCCUAAGUAGAAUCCAAUCUAUAGUGAGGCGUCUCCCUCCCAUCCUUGUUCCUCAUCUCUGCUCCAUCCCCUGCCCCAGAGAUAGCCACUGUUCUUAGAUAUACUCCCCGCAUUUUGUUAUGAAGAUACAAGCCAAUAGGAAUGUGGAUUUUUAUUACCCCCUUUCCAUCCACAGAAGGUGGCAUGUUCUACAUGUGUUCUGCACCUUGCUUUUCCCCUUGACAGUCUAUCUGGGAGACAUUUCCAUAUCAAUACCCAUGCAGUUUCCUCAUUAUUUUUCAUUGUAUGAAUGUGCUAUAAUUUAUUGCCUCAGUUCCGCAAUGAUGGCAUUUGGAUUGUUUCCAGUCUUUUGCUGUUACGGUCAGUUCUGCAGUGAAUAAUCGCGUUCAUAUGUACAAGCAUAAAGAAUAUCUGUAGGAUAAACUCCCCAAAGUGAAACUGCACGAUCAAAGGGCACAUGCAUUUGUAAACUGUUAUUGUUUAGUGAAGGCCUUUUUAAUAAAAAAGUUAAAUUACUGUGAAUUA